GCUGGCGCAUAUUUUAAGUAUUUGGAAUGAAUCAGUGGAUGUUCUACCAUGGCUGCCAUCGAGAUCCACGCUAAGUACAUCACUGAGCUGUUUGGAGCAGGCAAGACGCAUUCAGAAAUGUCUUCCACAUUGAAGCAACAUGGAGUUAAGAUGUGCUCAGAGAUGAGUAUUCGAAGAUUCUGUGAGAAACACAACCUAAGACGCAAAGGAUUGGUUACCGAUACAGAGUUGGAAAGAGCUGUAUUGGGCUCGAUACGUGAGACAGGCCCAUCGUACGGCCGCAAGUUUAUGACUGGGUACCUGGCGUCGGGGGGAGUGCGUGCGGCAGAACGUCGAGUCGGGAAGAAUCUGAACCCCAUCCCCUAUCAAGGCCGCUACAUGGGCCAUAAACUGCAUAUGGACCAAAAUGAAAAGUUGGUCAUGUUUGGCGUGACUCAUGUCCUAGCCAUGGAUGGAUACAGUGGUAACAUAGUCGCUCAUUCCAGUAUGCCUGUUAAAAACAACCUGGUCAUCUAUGAGGAAGUCUACAGAUCUGCAGUGAUGCGUUAUGGGAUGUGGGAUCAACUCCGCGUUGAUCAUGGCAGGGAGUUUUACCUGUGCCUGUACAUGCAAGAGAAGUUAUCAGGACGUAGACACAACACCAGUGGCCCACCAUACCGACAAACUGCAUCUACAAUGAAUCAUCGCGUGGAGAGGAUAUGGUCAGAGGUGAACCAACGAGUGAAUUAUCCACUGAAAGAAGCCCUAAUUCAGCUAAUUCAGCUGCAGGACCAUGAACAGAUUGAUAUUGAGGAUGCUUUAACUAAAUACUGCACCUCAAAUCUUACCCGCACGUUAAGUGAGAUAGGCUUAUGCAGAAUGAUUCAAGCAUGGAAUGCCCACAGAGUACCAGGACGUGGGAUACCCAAUGACCUGGUAGCAGGUGGCUGUCCUGUCAAAAUCACAGAGGCGCUACUUCCCAGUGCCUCUAUCGUGGCCAAUAUGUAUGAAGCGGAGUUGGGUUCCUCGCUGACUUGGGCAUCUGAAUUUGCAAAUGACCCUUUUCCAUCUGAGGAGGACAAAUGUCAUGUGGAGGAGAUGUUUGCACACCAAUACCCUGAUGUCUCGGUGUUGUUUAAUGACGCUGUAAAUGCCAACUACAUACCGCUUCAAAACGCAUUGUGCAACCUUAUAGUUACCCGAAGACAGAUAUAAAUACACCUGUGUACCCAGCUGUUAGUGUAUGGCCAGAAUUCUUUGUAUUUGUACAAUUGUAAUAAAGGUAAAAAAUAUA